AUGUCGACUGCGCUUAAACAGCGUAGGGAGGGACUCGCUCGAAUCGAACAACUCAAAGCCGAGGCUGCAAAGCUCAUUAAAGAUGCUGAAAGGUCUAUCGCUGGUAAGGACGCUCAUUUAAUUGCUGCAGUUCAGUCUCUUUUUCUGACAAAUGAACUCAAGCUUAAACUUAUCCUGGAGGUGUUUACAACUUACGACCUAAAGUGAGAUGAAGACUGGUUGAGCACUGGAGCAGUUUGUUUAUUCUUAUGAGCUUCCGAACUCGUGCAAGCUUCCAUCGUCAAAGACGACAUCAGAAACAGAAUAAGCGACAAUUAUGGGGAUACUAGCCAAUCAGCGGUCUGUGACACAAGUCUGAAGAUGACUGCGCAAGUUUCCAUAUGCCGAUGCCAGAUCGCUACAUCGAUUGACUGAGUUCUCAUCAGCUUGUUUUAUAUUCGGCGUAGGCGAUUAUCUCGGCGGCCGUGAAGUUGAGUUCGUGACCCAUUUAGGAGUUGUGGGCAGCCACCUGCGAUAAUUCGUCACGCCAUUGCACGGUUAGUUUAUGUUCGUAUGCGCGUUAUCCCUCAACCUGAUCUGUCAGCGGCCACCUGUUGGUUCACAGCAUAGAAAAGGCGGACAGAAUUCGAAUGGUUGUGGUCCACCCUGGGACAAUAAUUUUCUGAUUCCCGUUUCAAAUUUUCUGCUGCCACUUAGCGCCUCCGCUCUGGUUUCCGAUACCCGCACAGCAGCACAUGCAUUCAUUGAGAAUUUCAUGCUCUGGCCACUUUUUCCGGGAACAUUGUGUUUUGAGGUGCGAAAUGUCUUAAUAUUAAAAAGCUCGGAAAUUUAGAGUUACGUUGAAGUAGAAGCUUCACUUUCGUAUGUUCUUAAAGUCCAAAAACCUGGUACGCCAACAUCGAUUUCACUUGUUUCUUCAGGCGCCAAUGAGUGCACUUCCUGGUAACGAUAAUAUGUUGGUAUGAAUUUCAGUCAUUUUACAUGCGGACGCCGGUGUACAUGACAACGUCCCAUGAGGUCCCAUGCCUAAUGUUUUUCUAAGAAAUUGGGUUUUCUCACUCCCGGAAAUACGGAAUUUUAGGAAGGCUAAACGGGCCAUAGAGCGUGCCAAGGAGCAAGACUGUGCGUCUGUCCGGGAACCAUGUCUCAGUUCGUACAGGCGUUAGAAAUCAAGCAGAAAAAAAGGUGUACUACUUAUUUUGAGACCGUAACGAUUGUGGUCAACAUAGGGGGUUUUAAGGACCCCCAAACAAAAAACCAGCACCACUGUCCGACCAGUUUCCCCGUUACCGAAUAUUACAUUGCUAUACCUCAUCUGUCAGUAUGUGGUAACUUUUCAAAAGAAAGAACUCAUUCUAUCUCAUCAAGGAAGUCCGGCAGAUUAGGAAGUAAUUCAAAAGUACAAGCGCCGACUCCUAAGUGGGGAGUGGAAUUGAAAAUCCAACUUCAAAAGACACGCAGUGAGUAGUGUUCAUCAGGCAAUCGGUGGUGAAGCUAGCUGUAAAACCAUGGCUUAAGGUGUGGGGACGAGUGUACGGUCCUUUUCACCUGUUCGCAGCUAAAACGAAGAGCGGCAGUCCUCCGGAAUCAUGAGAUGCUUGCAAAUUUAGCCAAGUGGAGUAGGAACAUGUUGGUUUCCGCGAGCGAUCAUGUGCAGGCAUGGACGCAUAAGCAGUUAUUGAGGCUCUAUGGGGGUUGCGGAGCCGAAAGUCUACCAGAGUGGACGGGAGCCAGAUGGAGCUGAGAGCCCCACUCUACUUUUUGCAUCCCGAGAUGACUCCCCUCGUCCUUUAUUUUCUGCGGUGGAGACGGGUGGAGAGAUUGUGAAGAGAUCACUUGUGUUAAGUAUCCCCAAUGUUCUUAAACGCUAAAAAAGAAGGAUACGUGAAGGCCUGGACAAGAAUUUUUCUGCCCGACGUUUCCGACUCGCUUACGAGCCCACCAUCAGAAACAGUCGCGCGGGUAGCAGUAUGUAUAGAGUGCAGUUAACGCGUGAUCACACACGCAGACCCACUAGAAUUAACCAUUGUCAUUAAUAGAAGCGGCGUUCGCCCUAGCGCUCUCUGCGACAGUGAUCAUUCUGUCCAGAUGAAGCUUUGGCAUUGAGCAGGGACAGCCACUGGCAAGACUGUCCCCUCUCGCUAGGAAUUCAGCCUCACCCAACCUGAGGGUAUGGCCAGCUCUCAUCGAGUAAAUCACUAUUCAGGUUUCGGCGUUGUCCCUGCUCUUUAUUGUUGAUGCGUGUUCAACCAGUGCUGUUGUUUUUAAUCCCGCUCCACGUUUCUUAGUUCGUUAAGGCUGCCACCCUCGAAUAUUAUUCAAUCAAUCCUCUGAGCACCUUUUGCCGCUGGUGACGGUGUUUCCUUUUAUGUUCGCCUACAGUUAGGGAAACAAAAUUCCACCCACCAGCCAACGUCUUCCCCAAUGAAUGUCCGAUUAGAUUCCUUAUUGACCGCCCAAGCUAACGUUUCCCGUAGCUGAGUCUUUGAACUUCAGCAAUACUUCUGUCGGCGUUCACUUCCAUGACGAUAAACCUUUCUCUCGGACAUUCUAAAGCAGGAUCGAAUCCUUCUUAACGUCGUUUAUUAUCUUAACACAACUUCUACAUUUACUUUGCACUCCAUUCUUUUAACGGAAGACGUUUUACUCACUUUAUAAAAGGUCACAGGACAGUAUCUGAAGCUUAGACAAAUUAAAAUUUCACAAUUAACUUUCCGAGUAAAAUAAUAGCUUUCCUUUUACAGAGUACCAGAAGUUGCGCCUGAAACGAGAAAGUGAGCUAUGUGAGGUCAGACGAGAGCUUGCAGGAUUAACCCAUUUGAAGGCAAGUACUUCGUAAUGCCAAUUAAGCAGUGCAUUUUUGUCGUAAAAACUAUUGGCUUUGGUUUAGUCUCACCCAGAUGGGCAGAUUUUUUGCUUUAUUCUGAAACUAAUUUUUCAAACCAAACAGGGAAUCAGUCAGAUCUGAUAUUUCCCCUGGUACAUCCCCUGCAUCAAUCAUGGUUUUCAGUGAAAAACUACAUCUUUCAAAAUUCUGCUUAGAUAUUUCACUAAAAAUCUGCUCUAAAGUCAACGUUUGAAUUUCUGUUGCCAUUAUUGCGCCCAUUAAUUUGAAACUUCUAUAUAGAGCCUACUUAAACUCAGUGGGUAGUGUUUAUUUUCUGAAUUUAGACCGCAAAAACUGAACAGGAAGCAGCAAUCCAAUGUUUGGAGGAUCGCCUACGAAAGAUCAACCUCAACAGCACCGAUCAUAUCGCGCAGUCAAGGAGGCAUAUGAAGCUGGAGAGGGAUGCAGUUGCCCUGGACCCUGAUAUAAGCUAUGACCUGCUUGUCGAAAUGUCUCAGCAGGCAGGUCGCUUUUUGGAACAGACCAACUAUGUGGCGCUGACUACUUGA